GCUGCGCCGUUCCGGGCCCGCGGCCAUGCCCAAGCGGGGCUGUCCGUUCGCGGACGCGGGCCCGCUGCAGCUCAAGGUCCGCGUUGGCCAGAGGGAGCUGAGCCGCGGCGUAUGCGCCGAGCAGCGCUCGCGAGAGAUCUUCGAGAAAACCAAGCAACUCCUUUUUCGAGGGGCCCAGGCCUACAUGGACCACUUAUGGGAGGAGAGCUGUGCCAUCGUUGACCUGCCAGAGUCCCCGAAGCCUGGCCCCACAGAGGCCCUCCGGGCCGCACGUGGGCAGAUGCUGAUUGGACCAGACGGCCGACUGACCAGGAGCCAAGCCCAGGCCUCUGAAGCUGACCCGUCCAGGGCAGUGACCAGAGCCUGUUCCUCGUGCGUGCGAGCGCUGGACGGGAAGGCGGUCUGCGGCCAGUGUGAGCGCGCCCUGUGUGGGCGGUGCGUGCACCUCUGCUGCGGCUGUGGGGCUGUGGCCUGCGGUCUGUGCGCGCUCGCGGAACUGAAGAGGCCUGGGCCCCCAGUGUCCCAAGGCUAUUUCACGUGGGGAGGGACCCAGCUCAGCAGCAGGGCAGGUUAAGGGAGAAGAAGGGAUGCCUGGAGCCCUCCUCCCACCCGCCCGUGUUUGGGAACUUUCCUCCUGUCCUGACAGUGUCCUCCUGGCGUUUACUUCCUGCUUUUUCCCCAGGUGCCUACACAGUUCACCCUGUGAUGGAGGGGUGGGGAGGGGGGAGCGUCCAUUUCUCAGACACGACUGGGGGCUGGGCUCUCUGCUGCGUUUUACAAACAGAUCACCCUCCAGGUCACAAGGCUGAAGUGGCAUCCCCAGGUGUAGAAGCCAGCCUUGGCCUGCUGCCCCCUCCCGUUUAGGGGUGGCCCCUCAGGUCCUGGUGCUCGGAGCCGCGGAGCUGGGCGCUCUGUCAAGACUGCUUUCACUACAGGGCAGCCCAGCGGCCAUCGCGUCCUGCCCACGCUGGUCGUCCUCCACAAGUCCUGCACCAUGGGUCACGGGCUCACUGUCUUCCCUGCCAGGUGGCAAGCAGCUCUGCCUUCUUGCUGGCGCAUCUUGGCCUACAGUGUCUGUCCAUGUGUGUUCUGUAGCAUGCUGCCAAUUUCUUGUCCUUGUGGGAUCUCUCCUGAUGAAUCUCCCCUGCGAUUCACUGAACCUCUGGGGCCCGGUAAAUCCUGACUGGAUACGGGCAGGUUUCUGUGCAGGGUGGGCCGCAGGUGGGCCAUCAGCCAUCUCCGUCCGCUGGGGCUGCUGUGGAGGACGCCACACGCGGGCGGCGUAGCCAGCAGCUGUCAUGCUCUGGAGGCCGGAAGCCCAGGAUCAGGGCGUCGGCGGGAUUGGCUCCUCCCCAGGCAGGCCCAGGGUUGUGGGCACACCUCAGCCUUCUCCCAGUGGCCUCGCACGUGGGUAAGGGCCCACCCGUCUGCAGUGGGGCCUCAUCUUAACUGGUUCUGUCUGCAGCUCACGGCUCUAUCCCCAGAUACGGCCAGGGGACCGGGGCUCAGCACCGCAACAUACCGAUGUAGGGGGGCGCGACUGAGCCCCUUAAACCACUUCUUCUCUCUUGCCUG